AAAAAACCAAGCAAUCUUAUCAUUAUGCAUAAGUCAGUACAACUAUAAUUAUUUCUCGGCUCAUACACAAGUCAAAAAAUCACAAAGCUAUGGAAGAUGUCAAAAUUUUAAUAGUACUGUUCCUGUAUUGGUUCUCGGCAGUGCAGGGUUGUGGCCAGGGUGCACAGAUUGGCCUCGAUGAGCACAAUCGACUGAGAAAAUUACACGGGGUUCCUGACCUCACCUUAAAUGAGGGCCUAUGCAAGAGAUCCGCCGAAUAUGCUGAGGAAUUGGCGCAAAAAAAGAAUUUGCAGCAUUCAGAGGCCAAGGGCGAGUACGGUGAAAACCUGUGUUUCCGCUCGCACAAUCCCGAGAAAUGUGUUCAAAAUUGGUACGAUGAAAUCCAUUUGUAUGACUUUUCGAACCCAAAAUUUUCAUACGCAACCGGACACUUUACGCAACUGGUAUGGAAAGCAUCAACCGACUUGGGUUGGGGGGAAGCCCAGGAUUCCGAUGGGACCACUUACGUCGUGGCGAUGUACACCCCGUCCGGCAACGUAAAUGGGCAGUUUGAAGAAAAUGUUCCCAGGGCUAAGAAUUCGGCAUUAGGCAAGAUUACGGUUUCAAUUAGUGCAAUGAUUGUUUCAAUCUGUUUCGGACUGCUAAAUCUAGCAAACUGACUUUCAUAGCUGUAAACUUUUUGUAAAUAAUAGAUACGGCAUAUUAUAAUUUUUCACAAGAGAA